UUUCACCGGAAACUAUUUCAUGCCACACUGACAGCAGUUCUUAUCACAUACUCUCGACUUUAGCCUUUAUCACUUGGUCCUGUAGUGGAACAAAGCUGCUUUUUGACCUCAGCAUGGCGGCAGAAACAUUACGGACGUUACGAGUGUGUCGGCGUCACUUCGCUCUGCUGCAGAAAUAUUCAGAUCCCACAAACACUCCACUGCUGCGGCGCAAAUCCUUCAGCAUGCAGAGGAGUGGGCGGAGUCUCCGGCCUCUGAGGAAGCUGCUGAUUGGUGCGUCAGUGGGCGUUCCCAUGGCAGUGGGCGUGAACUACGCGCUCUCUGACCCCAAAGACAGGAGGAUGAUGAGGAUAUUAGUGGAGGGAACAGGACGCUUCUGCAGAUCUCUGUAUAUUGGAUUUCUGAUUUCAGUGGAUUAUUGGUGGACGUCCCACGUGGUUCUGCGUGGCGUGGACGAGGAAAGUCCGGAGUUCAGGGCGGCCAUGUCUGCGUGUCACCAGCGGGCGGCGGACAACAUGGUGCAGGGAGCAGUGAGGAACGGGGGAGUGUACAUUAAAUUGGGACAGGGCCUGUGCUCGUUUAACCACCUCCUCCCUCCGGAGUACAUCCACACGCUGCAGGUGCUGGAGGAUAAAGCGCUGAACCGCCGCUGCAAAGAGGUAGACGCUUUAUUCCUAGAGGACUUCAACUCCACGCCGGAUAAACUGUUUAAGACGUUUGAUUACAAGCCCGUGGCGGCCGCUAGUUUGGCGCAAGUGCACAAAGCAGAGCUGCACGACGGGACGCCCGUGGCCGUGAAGGUGCAGUAUAUAGACCUCAGGGAUCGGUUCGAUGGAGACAUCCGGACGUUGGAGAUCCUGCUGGAUAUCGUGAAGCUCAUGCACCCGAGCUUCGGUUUCCGCUGGGUCCUGAAGGAUCUGAAGGGAACGUUGGCGCAGGAGCUGGAUUUCGAGAACGAGGGCAGGAACUCGGAGCGAUGUGCUGAAGAGCUGAAACACUUUAAAUUCAUCGUCAUACCCAAAGUGUUCUGGGACCUGACCAGCAAGCGCGUCCUCACGGCAGAGUUCUGCGAAGGCUGCAAAAUCACCAACGUGGAGGAGAUCAAGAGGCAGGGCCUGAGUUUAAAAGACACGGCAGAUAAAUUCAUCAGGACUUUUGCAGAACAGAUAUUUUACACUGGCUUUAUACACGCAGACCCACAUCCAGGAAACGUGUUGGUACGAAGAGGCCCUGAUAAAAAAGCAGAACUUGUUCUCUUAGAUCAUGGACUGUAUGAACACCUCAGCAAAAGGGACCGAGCCGCGCUGUGCCAGCUGUGGCGCUCCAUCAUCCUCCGAGACGAAGCUGCCAUGAAGAGAUACGCCAACGACCUCGGGGUCAAAGACUACUUCCUGUUCUGCGAGAUGCUCCUGCAGCGUCCGAUCAACAUGCGCGAGCUGGGUCUGGGGAACAUCCUGAGCCGUGAGGAGACCUCGUACAUGCGCAGCAUGGCCGCUCAGCGCUUCGACAGCAUCAUGGACGUGCUGAAGGCUCUGCCUCGACCCAUGCUGCUCGUCUUCCGCAACAUCAACACGGUGCGCAGCAUCAACGUGGCGCUGGGAGCUCCUGUUGACCGCUACGCCCUCAUGGCCAAGAGUGCUGUGCGAGGUUGGGGUAAAGCCAGAGCGGACGAGUCGAGGCUUCUGCUUCGGGUCGCUGUGUUGCGCUGGAUUUGGAGUCUCUGGGAGGAUGUGAAGUUGGAAUGUGCUUUAAGGUCGGAGAUGCUGAUGAUGAGCGUGACUCGCUGCGUGCUGCAGUUUCUGUGCUCCUGCGGUUUCAUCUCGCUCGACCAGGAGAUUUAUCAGUACCUCAAAUAACCAAAGACUCCGAUCACUCUGCGUCACGGUUCCAUUUCAUGACGCGUCCCUUACAGCAGGACACGCGACCUCUCACCCUCGUCCCCUCGUCCUGUUCGCCGGAGCGUUUUCACCCUCCUCCACUUCCUGUCCGCCGGAUUUCACGUGUAUUUUAAAUGAAUGAAUCACUGUGCAGUCGACACUAUGCAGAUAUUUUGUGCUUUAACCAUGAGGACUUUGUUUGGACCCACGGCGAUGAUAAUGUAACCCUAGAUAAUAAAACAGCAUCCCAUGAUAUCUUUAACACGUUAGUUAGUAUUUUUCAUUAUUAAUAAUACAGCAGCACCCUGUAAGGUAAUUGUUAAACGGGGCAACCACCGUCAUCUUCAGACGUGACAUCGUUACUGCGCCACUGAUGUGCCAGAACCGUCGGCUGAGCGUCAGAGAGCACGGAGUAAAGAGGGGAUUAGUCAGAGAUGGGGAAGGUGAAGGAGGUGUUCUCAGGACAACCGCAGCCUGGACGAGACGUGUACAUCGCUCUCUCCAGGAAAUGAACAAAUUCAAGGAAACGCACAGUAUUCACAGCGUGCAAUUUUUCAAAAUCUCUACAGAUUUGUGCCGAGACGUCACGUGACGUAGUCACGAAACACGUUCAGCCGAAGCCCUCAUCGAUUCACGUGCGUCGAACCCGAGUACAGCUAACAUCACUGUGAACGAGCGUGCGGAACUAUUUCACGUGACUGCCAUUUCACCCGUUCGAGGAGUUUUCCAUAAAAACAUCCUCAGUAAAUUCUGUUCAGACUGAACACUGUGUGUUUUGAGUUUCCCAAAAGACACAAAGACCUGAACAAAUGAUCUCUGAUCUGACGAAAAACCGAAACUCUACUCGUUGUAGACUUUGUCCACUCUGAAGCGCGGUGGUGCGGCAUCAUGCUCGAGGGUUUCCGUCGGACUCGGUUUCUCUUCUGAAUAAUCCCUUCUUUUAGCAAACUCUGUGUCCCUGGCACGUGACGGAUAACGUGACGCUUUAACUCGGUGUUAUUAGUGGAGCGCAUUUAACAGUGGACUUUGUCCCGACGCAGCUUUACAGAAAUAUAUACAUGCAGGAUAGAGGUGUUAAAUGGAUGGAUUUAUCCCUGACGAGGAGCCAGAGGCGACGGUGGUGAGGAAGACGCCUCGAGGGAAACCCAUCCUCACCUGCGUGACACCGGACCGAGCGAUUACCCCAAUGGGGGCCAAUACUUAUGCAAUCAGAACUUUUUCUUUUUUAAAAUCCUAGAAAUAAUUGUCUCCUUUAUGUUAGUAUUAUGGGAUGUCUUGUGUAGAUUUACGACAUCAAACCCCAGUUAAAGUCAUGACUGUUAGUGUAACUACACGAUGUGGAAAACCUUCAAGGGGGGUGAAUACUUAGGCAGCGGGGAAUGAUCAGAGGUGAACUCUCUGCUGUCCAGCGUGGAAACUUUCUCAAUUAAAUAAACUAAAUAUAUUCAUCUACAUAAUCUGGAUUCAGCUAAAGGUCAUGUGACUUCAGGUCCCUUUAAUAAAUGAAGUAUUUCA